ACAGAAGCAGAAAAGUAAACGAAUCGAAGCAAAUGUCAAGUCAAACAACCAAACCAAGCAAAACGCACGUGAAAUCCGAAGAAUCCGCGUAGUCGUUACUUUCCGUAGAAUAUUUUACGUCUACUAAUCAUGCCCGUGGAUCAGAAACGCAUCAACGGUCCAGAGGGCUCGCUCCCCUAUCAGAUAUUCGGCAAAAACCGGGACAAAACAUUCGAGGACCGUGUGGCGGACGUAUUCGAACCCAGUGGCAAACGGAAGUGCGGUCGGAAGGAUAACGAAAGCAGGAAAUAUUUUAUGAAACUCGGCGUUGUAUCGACGGCCAAGGGAUCGGCCUAUCUGGAACUGGGAAACACCAAGGUCAUAGUUUCGGUGUUCGAUCCCCGUGAAAUCCCGAAGCAGAACAAAUUCCGUGCUUUGGGGGAACUGUAUUGCGAUUUCAAGUUUUCUCCAUUCGCUUGCAUUCAUCGGAAAAACCCGCAGACAGAUGCCGAGGAGCGGUCACUGGCAGCGGCCAUGACCAAGGCCCUCCAGCCGGUCGUUUGCCGGCAUCUGUUCCCCAACUUCCAGAUCGACAUCUUUGCCAACGUUUUGGAAGACGAUGGCUCUGUGCUGGCCGCUGUGAUUACGGCUGCCGGAUUGGCAUUGAGCGAUGCCACGAUUUCUAUGUUCGAUAUCGUGACGGCAUCCACGGUAGCAGUUAUCGAGGAUAAGAUCUAUCUGGAUCCGACCUUGGCAGAGGAACGCCUCUGUCUGGAAGGCGGGAAAAGUGGGAACCAUGGAGUGAUUACUCUGGCUAAGUUGCACACCUUGGAUCAAACGUCGGAGAUACGACAAGCUGGAGAUAUAUCGUUGGAAAAACUUAAGGAAGCUUGCCAACGGCUUAAUGAGGCGAACAAUGAAAUCGCUCCUGUGGUUCAACAGAUGCUGGUUGGUAAGGUCCAGAAGCACAUGGCGGAAAUCGAUCUAGAGGAAGAGGACGACAAUGCAGAAGAAGACAAGGAAGAUUUGGAUGCAACUAGUACAAGACAGGUUUCGGUUGCGGCGGAUGCUUGAAUAAAUUUAAUAGACAAACAUCG